AUGCGCUCCGCACUCACUUCUGCCGCCGUCGUCGCCCGGCCGAGCAGCCUCUCCUCCCUCCUCCGCCCGACCAGAACAUCCGCUUUCUUACCCUCAAUACGCUUCUCUUCCACAGACACUGCCGCCGCCUCGGCGUCGUCAACGACUACAACAACGACACAGACCCCGGCUGCGAGGCCGUACGUCAUCGGCCUGACCGCCGGCAACCAGUACCCCGUCUACGCCCGCACCAAGGCUGCCGGCUCCUCCAAGUUCACCCUCGUCAAGAAGAUCGAGGGCAACAAAAAGGCCUUCGCCCAGGACCUUGCCCGUGAGGCCGGCUUCCCCGCCGACGAGGUCAAGCUUAACCCCGUGACGGGCCACGUCCAGAUCAAGGGCUUCCACGUCGAAAAAGUCAAGACGUGGCUAAGCAACACGCUGGGCACUGCCGCCCCCGUCGCAAAACCGUCGACGACCGCAACGGCGGCGUAG